AAGCGAAUCCGCCCUCUAACCUCCUCCAAUUCGUCUCUUCCAUAAUGCUGUUCGUCCGCUCAUCCCUCGCCGUGCUGCUGGCUCUCGCCUGUACCGCUGCAGCCGCCCCCGUCUCCCACUCAUCUCCAUUGAAGAAGCCCACUGAAUGCUUCGCAACCUCAAAACCCGGCGACGUGCACGCUCUGGACGACAUCAACCUCAAAGAGAAAACCGUCCUAUGCCCCGGAGGCAUCGGCUCCUGCAUCGAUCUAGAAUACUUACCCGAGAUUGGCUACGAGUACGUGGAAACCGACGACCAACGCUCCUGCGAGGACACGUAUGACAAGGGCUGCUCCGGUGUCAUCGGCGCUGGUAAAAACUACCACGUAACUUACAGCGACGGCAUCGAGCAAGACUUCUGCAUGUGCCCCAACGGCGUCUAUCCGAACCUGGACGACGUAAUCAGCACCGCCGCCAUCAUGCCGCAACCCUUCCGCCAGGCCGCGAAAUCCAUCAAGAUCCAAGGCCCGACCGACCCGGGAGCUAACGGCGCAUGGACGUAUGGGAACCGCAUGACUUUGCUUGGCGGCGGAAUGAAUUACUUCAAGGCUGUGCUCAUCCAUGAGUCUGCGCAUGCGUGGGAUUGGGAGGCUCGGUCGGGCUACUUGUCCUUGGGCCCCGAGUGGGCCGCCGCCGUCAACGCCGAUACUUGCGUUCCCGACCCGUACUCCCAGAGCAGCCUCAUAGAGCUCUUCGCGCAAGUGCUGGUCGAGUACAUUGCUGACAUUCAGAACGAGGAUACGUGGAACAAUCGUCUUGGCGCGGACUGCAUGAAGAACAUGCGCGACUUUGUGAUCGCUAAUUUCCCCUUGAAACCCCCCGGCGGUGGUGACAACCCUGGUAACCCUGGUAGCGGCGGUGAAUGCGAAGACCCUAACGCUGUGUGGAACGGAACUGCGUGCGACUGCAAGGCCGGUUUCGAGUGGAGCGAUGAUGGAAAGUGUGUCGCUUCGCAGUGA